AUGUUCCUGUGUUCUUGGCCCGGCUUGAAAGCCAGCCGGCCUCGAGACUCGUACUGCACUUCCUUCUCCUUAUGGUGUUCUGGAGGGUGCUCUGUACCGUUGUUGGUUUCCCAGUUUUCCUUCUGUCUCCGUCCUUGUGUUCUGUCGUCGUUCCGGGAUCCACUCGAGUCGCUGCGUCGCGUUGGUGUCUGCGUCUGCAGCCCCUACUUCCUCAGUCACCCUGACGAUGGCAAGUCAUUAAAUUUAACCUUCUGUUUGCAGUUUCGUUAUGGCUGUAAUAUUGAAAAUUUAAGCUAUCAGUAUAUAUGUUGGAUCGCUCAUUAA